GAUGUCUGUGCUAGCAGCUACGAGCAGGGCUAGACGGUCAGUAUGGCGGAAAGGAGCAGUGGGAACGACUCAGAGGGACUAGAAAAACAAUUACAGAGUCUCUUAAGCCGCUACUCAGGUGACGAACUCGGAGCCGACAGCGAACCGUUCUGCUCUGACUUUUGUAAGUUGGUGGAGGAAUACGCCUCUCGCUGGCAGGUACCGCUGCCCCAGCUCAGGAUCCUUGAAAUAGCACUCUGCUAUUUUUCUCGAGCCUCAGCCUUCUUCACAACAAACUGUGAUCAUGUGCAGCACACAAUCAGUAGCCUGGCUUUGAGUGUGUUUGAGUUGCUGCUGUACUUCGACCAGAAGGACUUCUGCGAGGAGCCACUCAAAGCCUUCACUGCUACAUUCCAGGAAUGUCAUUCGGUUCUAGCAAAGUAUCAGAAUGUUUACUUACUUCAAGUGGAGCGUUUGGUCCAGGAUGGAGGUCCUUGGGCCAGUCGAGCCUUACAGGCGAUCCUCAGCGAGUCCAGUUUACCUCAGAAUGAAGUGGACAGAUACAUCAGCUCUGAGCUGCCGGUCUUCUUUGAGCUUCGCAUGCGCUACCUGACAUCCUGUGGGCUCGUCAGCGAGGCCGUGGCACUGGCUAAAUGCUGUGUACGGCAUCCCACUGCAAGACAGCACCUGUUCUUCCACCAGGUUUACCUCUCAUGGCUUUACAAAACCUUACAGCACGAACGCUUGCACAAAGAGGUGGCUGACAUUAAUGGUAAAGAUGCAGUGCACAUCAUCUGCAGCUUAGAGAGAGAAGAAACGGACAAAUUGCUUCUAGCUCUCAGCACYGCUUUCCUGUCACAGCAACUCCAGAGAGGAGAUAUGUACUAUCUGUGCGACCUUGUUCGUGUGUGGACUAAUCUUCACAGUCGCUUAAAUACGUCCAAGCAGGCUCUGCUAAAGGAAUGCCGUCAGCUGAUGUGCUCUGCCACAAAUGUUAAAUCAAUUUUCCCGUUCAUCAGAGCUAUACUGCAAGUUGUGGGUGAAGAUGGGAUCCAGUUCUGUGUGGAGCUCUGUGCCAAUGCUCUGCAGUCUUGUCUUCCCUGUGAUGUCCUCACAAAGAGCAUCAUCUACAAAACCAUUGCCGGCUUGCUACCUAGUGACCUGGAGGUCUGCCGGGCCUGCGCUCUUCUUGUCUUCUUCUCGGAGCGCACAGUUGAAUCCUACAAGAUCGUGUACCUCUCUUACAUGCUCCCUGAUCAGGAGUACCACGUGGACGACAGCCCAAUAGGAAAUAAUGUUCGCUUUGAAACCUUACAGGUCUUGAAAAAGGAUCUGUAUUUCGACCCAGAGUUUUGGAACCUCGUUGCUUUGCGGACCAACUGUUUGAAAUUGCUGAGUGGGAAGGUAGUUAGCACUGCACUUGAAGAAAUAAUGGAGGACAAAUGGAUCUGCAAGUACCCCACCAAAGUUCCUGCUCUCAGACCAUGUGUGGCAGUGUGUCCGAGAGAAAAACUUCACRUUGCAACUAAGCGACAUCAGGAAGAAAAAGUGUAUAAAAAGGAUUCAGACAUGGCAUCCAAAAGACUCAAAAUGGGCACAGGGAAAACACGCCUAAAUGAACAUUCUGUAAGAAGGAAAAGCAACCAAACCUUGAAGGAAUCUUCUUCUAGACAUAUGAGGCGAUCGUUUUGGCAGCUGGACAGAAUCCACAGCAAUUUAUCCUUAAGGUAUGAUGACCAUAGGCGGACUACAAGACUCUCGGAGAAAAACCUACCAAAACGGAAAAUUAAAAAGCCAAGGUGGCUCCUGGAAGACUCGGGAGCUCUUGAAGAGAACGUUCCUCUGAAGAUGAAGAAGAAUGGACUCAGACAGAAAGGGCACCUUCGAUCGUGCGUCAUGAAAAGUUCUCAGACUGGUCAGUUCAAGGACACCAAACACAAAUCUUCUGUAAAGACUCUGCUCACGGCGAGAGAAAACAGCAAGCCCCAGAAUGGGUAUUCUUCAGAUUGUCCUAAACCAGCACCCACUCCGCAAGUAAUUCUGGAGCUUUCUCUACCAGACAAUGAGCUGCUGGACACGUUCCUCGAUGACGCUUGCAACAAACCCAGGAUGGUUCCUCAGGUGCUUCUUUAUAAACCUACAGUGAAAUUUCCUGACACUUCCCCGCCUGGCAAGACUGGCAAAGAGGUGAUUCUCAGAGCCCGAGAUGCUAAUAUGCUUGUACAACAGCUGCACUGCUAUGCUCGGCGACAAAAAGGAAAAGGCAAUGUCUCAAGUAUCCACGGGUCUGUAUCAACAAUUACACGUUCAUCAGUUCAGGGAAGUCCAUCAAAGGAUUCACCAGGAGAGCUUGGUGAGAAGCCUGUUUCUGAGCUGAAUGUUGGUACUAUGCAAACGGGUGAAGAGACUGGACCCCAAGUUUCAAAUAAAGGUCCUAAAGAUCAAAAUACAAAACCAGAAGCGCAAACAACUCCUUCACUUGAGGAGCUCUCUGAAAACUCUGAAAGAACUGAAACUAAAGUCUCAGAAUCUCCAGAUUUGCAUGGUGUCCCUCAACCACAAACAGGAAAUAUUUUGCAAAGCAGUGCUUGUACGGGAGAUCCACAUGAAAACUCUUCUACUCACAUAGAAGGUACAACAGCAUCACAGACUUUUGCAGUAGCAGAAGUUACAGAAGACCCAUGUUUACAUGACGUCUCACAAGCUCAAACCAUGAUUCCAACAGGAGAGACCUUCGAGGAGCCAGCCGUCGAAAUGAAAGUCACCAUCGCCUCACAAUCUCCAGUUAUAGACAAAUCCUCCAAGUCUUCAACAGGAGAUGUCUCCAAAAUCCAAGUAUCGCAAACCACAAAGGCAGCCAAGAAUAAGAAGGAAGCUUCUGAUGAAAUUCAUCCAGUUUCCAUCAGCCCCAAUGUUUUAAACACUGAAGCUGCAGAUCCUCUUCGCUCAAACUGUCAAGAUGUUGCUGUCGAAAGUACAGAUCGCAGUGAGAAGGACUCAAAUGGUGGUAAUAUUUCCAUGAUGGAUGUCACAGAGGAUUUACAGAAAACCCCACAAGUCAACGUGCCUUGUAAAAACGACACUAGUCCUGUAAAAAUUGUCCAUCCACGUAAACUCUUUGAAAAAAUAGAUUCAUGCACUUCUACUGACAAAGCUAUAAUAAGUGGCACGUCUGCUCCGACUGUUACUGGUCAUGCACCCAAGGAGCUUGAUGACGAUCAGGUAGAAGAUGAGCACCAAACUCCUGGCAGCAGGGCCUCCAAAGACUCAAGAGGUGGAAGUCAACACAAAGCCGGUCAGAAAAUACCAACUACCUCUAGGAGCUCUGUAUCAAUAGAACCCGUGUUUGUAGCUGACAGGCAAGAGGAAAAUGUAACAACAACACAGGAUGCUUUUUCAGAUAUAGCUGAAAACAGUGAGCUCAUGGAGACGCUACCAGAACCAGAAGAAUCGAAGUUGGAGCACUAUUGUACGUUGUGCGAUAAGGACUUUAAGGGACCCCGUGUGGUAGAGCAUGCAAUGUUCCAUUAUCGAAGAGAUGAGUGCACUUUCUGUAGGUUGAUCUUCAAAGAUGACCUGCUGGCCAUGAUGCACCUGUCUGAUCAUAUCGAAAAGCUAAAGAGGUGCAAAGAUCAAGAAAAUGGCGUCUCUGUCACCAAAGAUACCGCCACUCCUAAAUCUUCUGCCAAAGCAAAGACGACAAAUAUGCAUUCUGGGUGCCAGGGUAAAGGGAAAGAGAGGAAAUUCAGUGUCUGUUCUGAAAGCAUUAUAAACCUAAACCCAUCCAAAUSUAGAAUGUUAAGAUCUAAUCACAAACAAAUAAGCGACACGUCAUUACAAGACAAACAAAGAUCAUCAGAGCACUGUGAUGGGAAUGCUGCUGCUCACAGGGUAAAUGGCCACAUCGGCAAAGAGACUGAAAUUACCAAACUGAAAAAAGAUUUAAAUCCAAAGACAGAAUUAGUGCAGCAAAAGAGCUCUCAAAGUAAGCAUGGCAAAACAUCAAGGUUGAAAAGAAAUCAUCCUGAGGAGGAUUCUUCAGUUCAGACAGUUAAAGAUUUAAACUCCAGAGAAAAUCCCAAGAAAAAAGAAUCAUCGCAAAAUCUGAAAUCAACCUUGAACCAAAAAGUUGCUGAAAAGAAAAACAUGGAACCACCAGAGAAACUCUGCUGUCCCGUGGAUGGAUGCUYUUGGUUCACAGACCUGUCGAAGAACCGGGUUACGCUUCUGUACCACGCUCUGGAAAAGCAUCAUGGUGAGAUCAAACCUUUGGAGCUGGCUUUCCGUGUCGCAGAUAAUAAAUGCAGCAUUUGCAUGAGGGUUUUAUUCAGCUUUGAACACUUCCAGCACCACGUUGAAAGACACAGACUCAUUCCACGGCAUCCCUGCCUUCAUCUCGGCUGUACAGAAAGGUUCAAAAGUGGAAUGGAAAUGAGACGCCACGCCAGGAAGCACAGCCCGCUUAAGGCGGUGUGCUGCCUCCCUGGAUGUCCCCAACUGUUUAUCUGUCUGUGGGCGCUGAACCUUCAUGAAAGGGAGCAUUAUUCUUCUAAGUCAGUUAAACCGGAGAAGGACGCAAAUGUGCGAGCUGAUGACAAACUUUGUAAGAAACCUCAGAUUUCAGACAACACAGAGUCCACAGCUGGAAGUGAUACAGAAAGCAUAAAGGCUACACAUAGGUUAAAAGAACAGACAACAGAUAACUCUACAAGAGAAAAUAUAGCUGGUCCAGCAGCGUCUGCUAGCACAAGACUUGUGAAAAACAAGGUAAAAUUAAAAAAUGAGAGUGUAGACCUAAAGGUGUUGACAAAUCUUUCUAAUAAGGACACUUCUGUUCAACCUCCUGCUUUUAAUCUUAGAUUAAGGCAAACAUUAAGAAAAGUCCAAGUAACAAACCCAAAUAGGGAUGCUCCCAAAGUUAAUAAAAUCAUCUCCUCGUCAUUGUUGAAAUACCGCAGCAAGCUGGGGUGCAAGUUUAAGAAAAAGCAGGUAAACACAAAGGGUCUCCUAAGAAGAGAGCACCCUUCCAAAGUGAGUAAAGCAACACACGACAAAAAGACUACUGGUAAAAGUCUCUCCUCUCAAGAUACUGUGAAUAUAAGAGUCAGUGACAGGCUAAAAGUUGGAAAAGAGAAGAAUCAAAAAGCCCAGGAUGAAGUUAAAACUACAGAGAAGACAAAUAAUGUUUCAAAGUUAAAAAUGCCAGAGGGAAAGCAGAUUGAAAGAAAUCUACGUAAAAUAUCUUCAAGUAACCGUUUGAAUCAGUCUGCUGUCUCAGAAAAAACAAAGUCAAGCGAUGGUAAAAUGGAGACAUUUCACAGGAUCAAAAAUUGUUCUCCUUCAGACUCGGGCAAGUCAAAGAAAAACAAAAUUGCAAAAGUCAAAAUAAGCAAGAAGACCAUCAAAACCAGGCAAAAACACAUUACAUCRGCCUCGGAAAAGCCUGUUAGGUCCAAAACUGCCGUCCCACAAAAGACAGUAAAGUCUGCAAGUGAGCAGGUGAAUGCUCCAACGGACUCUGGUAGUUUUGUUCUCGUUACACCACCAACCACACAGGAAACCGUGAAGGAAGGAGGAGAGACAAAGAUAUCACUGGAGGAAAACAAAGUCAAAACUUCCACGUUAAAGACCAUUUCUAAUUUAAAGUGUGACCCCAAACAGGACAAAACUAAAGGAGCGGCGAUGAUAUUGCAGGGAUUACAAAGAUUAAUAAAGAGCACCAUUGAUGAGAAAGAAAAACGAAAAGAGGGUUCAGGUGCUUCUCCUCCAAUCACACCUGAGAAAACUGACGGUAGGACGAGUUCCUCCUCUGCCCCAGAAGAAAAGGAGCCAGAGGUUGACCGAAAUGUUAAGAAAUCCUGUGUUGAGAAAAAGAAGUCGGAGUCUGGCAAAGUAGGUAGGAAGCGCAAAAACCUUCGUAAGGAUGACGCAAAAAAGCUUGCCAAGAAAAAACGCCAAAACCAUGAUGCAAAACCUUCAACCGAAGCCCUACCAGGUUCAGGAGAGAGCUCUGAAGGUGAGGGCAAAAAUCCACCAGAAACACAAUCRUCUUCAGUCAGUGCUUGCUCUCAAACCCCGAGCAGAGACGCGGCGAGUGAAGAUGUCACUUUUAAACUGUGCAAGGAGACUCUGGCCGAGUACGGUAAGAAGCCCUACAUGCGUUUGCCACCGACCGUGUACCUGGAUGAAAAGUACACCACCAUGCCAAAGCGAAGGAAGGAGCUGUUCCCUCGGCGGUGCCCUGGAGGGGUCUCCCCUGAGCCGGUCUGCGUGCAAACGGCUCCUCAGAGGCAACGAUGUGCCAACUGCUUCACGACGUUCAACAGCGCCGAGGAGCUGCAGAGUCACGUGGAGGGGCAGAAGUGCUCCAACCUGUUUGGAUUUGACUCUGAUGAUGAGGGUAACUGUUAAUGUUGAAGUCCACUGAGGUUUUGGAAGGUAAGCUGAGCCGUGGACCUGCUUUGCUGCCCAAGGAUGAACCGUACCUCAACAGAUCAGUGCCGUCUGGGUUGAAGACUUGCAUGUCUGCGGACUCAAAACUUCCAUGGUUCCCAGCAGUUUUCCUGCAGCGUGUGUCUGUCGAGCCUCGCCGGAGAGUGGAGACACGCAAAACAACAACAACCUGAAACCACUGAACUGAACCCCAGUCAGAUGGCUCAAAGGACAGCUCGAAUUGAAGUGCCUGCUCUGGAACCGCUGUACUGUUUUCCAGCUGCACCCUCUUGUACAAAGAUUAGGCAGUUUGGACUGUCAAAAUCUGCGGAGAAAAAUAAAACAAACUGACACAAGCAAAUCUACAACUUUUCAUGACAGUAAGCCAUACAUUGGUUGCUUUUUGCACUCAUGAGAAUCUGAUUUGUACCUGAUUUCUGGGCUUGUGGAAUGAACAACUCAUUGAAAGGUUCAAACUGUUUUACCAUUUGGAGGUCACUGACAUUUUUUUAAACCCCAGAAGAUGUAAGAUUGCUGUAUAAAAGUCUUCUUUAAGAAGUUUUUUAUCUGUAAAUUUUGUUUAAAUACUAAUUGUAUAUAAAGAAGUUCCUUAUGGGGCUUAUUUACCUAAAGCUGCUUGCUCUUACAAUGAGUAACCAGUAGGGGUCAGUGUGCACCAAUCUUAAUCCCCUCAAAAUGGAAACAGUACUUUCAUUCAGGUUUUAGGGGCAUCUAAAGACAGUUUGCUUAUUUUAUUUUUGCAUCCACAUGCUUUCUAACUUCAAAGCUAUUUUAUUUCAUUAACUGCUAUAUAGAUUCAAUGAUAUUUACGCUUAAUCUCAGCCAGUGGCCUCAGUUCAUUUAUCAAACCACAGUUUGUGCACAAAUUUAUCCUUGUAUUUUGAUACAUGUUUUAUUUUUAUUAUUCACUGUUUGCGACUUCCUGGCUUGCAUUGUUUUCCUCACAUUACCAUAUUUUGUCAUUUCAAUAUAAAGUAAUUACUUUAUUAAGUGAAUUUUCUUAUCUAGGAUUUGCUUCAGUGUCACCGUGAGGCGGCACGUGUCUUUUAUGAGCAGCAGCAGCAGGUUAUAUUUAUUUGUUUUAUUUUUUAUCUUUUUUAAAAACUAUUUGAAGAGUUUCAGUGGCCUGAUUAUAAAAUUGGKAUGCAGGAGCUGAGUUUAUAUUUUGUUCAUUAAGGAAACAAAAUAAAAUGUUUGAAAUUGUUA